AGAAUGACGCUACCAGCUGAAAAACCUUAACACCUACUGGCGCUAGCCGUCUACUCCCUCGGCGGUGAUUGGCGACUUUUCGGGGCUGCGUGUUGUCUCUUCUCGCGGGAAGCGCGCGCCGCCGCCUUCCCCGCCCCCCCUCCAAAGCUUCGCGCCUUCAACCGCCCUUCUCCUCUCCCCCCCCUCGCAUAAACAGCGCGCGCAACGCAGAGAAGCGCAGCGAGCAAAGCAAGCGCGAGCUGGGAUGUUGGGCCCCCGCGAGGUGGUGACGCUUCAGUUAGGCCACUACGCGGGGAGCGUGGGCGCCCAUUGGUGGGGACUUCAGGAAGCGUCGUUCUGUUUCGAUCCUGCAGACAAGCAGUCUGAUGAAGGGAUACGUCACGAUGCGCUCUUCCGAACAGGGAAAACCCUCCAGGGGCAGGAGACGUACACCCCCCGCCUCGUUGUCAUGGACCUCAAAGGGAGCAUGAGCUCUUUGAAACAGCAGGGAUGCUUAUACCAGGAUCCGAAAGCAAACACACCUGUGGCAUGGAAGGGUAACCUGAUGACACAUCAAGAAGAGUCAUCCCCUAAGAACCCAUUCCUGGAAGUCCUCGAAAAAUCUGAGAGUGAAAGACCAUCCAAUGGCGAUUUUGUUCUCGGGACUCCCUCUGGUGGUAAAGACAGGACUUCGCUCCCCGAGAGACAGGGUGAGGCUUCGAAGGCGCCUAAUGUGGAGCGUACGAUGCACGUUUGGUCAGACUUCCUCCGGACACAUCUGCAUCCCCGUAGCAUCUUAACAAUCCAUCAGUACAAUCAUGAUGGGGAAUCCAAUCGCCUGGAAGCCUUUGGACAGGGAGAAAAGCUCCUGCAAGAUGCCACAUACCUCGAGGAGCUCGAAGACAGGCUCCACUUCUAUGUGGAAGAAUGUGACUAUUUGCAGGGGUUCCAGGUCCUCUGUGACUUGCACAACGGGUUCUCAGGGGUGGGGGCAAAGGUCACAGAGCUGCUGCGAGAUGAAUACACGGGGAAGGGAAUCCUGACAUGGGGACUGACUCCAGUGCUUGGCGCACCUAAUCCCCCUCUGGGCCUCUACCGGCUGAUGAACACUGUCCUUGGGUUGGUCCAUCUUUCCAGUCACAGCUCCCUCUUUUGCCCCUUGUCCCUGAACGGGAGCCUGGGGCUCAGGCCAGAGCCCCCCAUUGUACUUCCGUACGUCCAGUAUGAGGCAUCUCUGGACUAUCACACCAGCGCUGUCCUAGCAACGGCCCUGGACACCUGCACUGUUCCUUACCGGCUCCAGUCCUCAACUCUCUCCAUGGCCCACCUUGCAGAAGCCCUGAAUUUCUCAGGGAGGAAGGUUGCGACUGCAGUAGCUGCGGUGCCUUUUCCCACAGCCCCAUCCCAGUCCCUGCCCGACGCUUUGUGUACCCACCAGUCGCCCAUGCCCUGGAGCCCGCUGUCUUCCUGCGGAGAGCAAGGGGACAGACGCUGUUUUGCUCAGUCUGUUGUGCUGCGGGGAAUCGCCAAAGAACGCCUGGUCAGCAAACCCCCUCCAGGUUGUGAGCCGAAGUCCAUCCUGCACAUGUGCGAGACGGGAGAGGAGGUGCUGGCCCGCUACUUGUACACCACGUGCCCCACCACCCUCAGCAGCACCGUGCACUUACUGCAAGGGCCUUGCCAGCUGCGGCCUCCAUAUCCCCAGUACUUCUCUCCUCUUCUGGACAGGCAUGGAUUCCUCUUGGAUGCCCCUGCAAGGGCCUCAGCAGCCGUCGAAAGCCUUCCCGUCGUCACCGCCCUGCAGGCCUCAGCCAUCCUGCACCGAACCCUCAACGGCUUUUACAAAGAGCUGCGCCGGUUGGACGUCCGCCGCUGGGCGAGCUUUUUCUCGGCGGGUGUGGAGCUCAACGACUUCCAGGAGGCCUUGGAGGACCUGAGGACGUUGUCCUACUGCUACACGGAGAGCAGCGCGGAGGAAGAAUCUGAAGACGAAGUGGACUGACUUCCCUUGCGCGGGGAGGCCUCCUGCUGGCCAUGUAAAUAAAUGAAUGAAAACUCGCUGGAGUA